AUGGCAAAUUUUUCCUCACGUCGAAAAACCAGCUUGAGAAACUACAGACCAACAGAUAGAAACAAAAAUCCAACCCAACUCAAAUGCACCGUUUGUGAAGAGUUUCAAGAUUUUCAACAAAUGGCUAAAUUUCCUUGCGAUUGUGCAUGGUGCAGCACUUGCGUCCAAAGACGUUUCACUCUCGCAAUUGAAUCCGCAUACAUGUUUCCUGUCGAAUGCUGCGGGGGUGCUAUCACUCUCACGCCCUUUUCUCAUUUGUUGUCUCCUGAUACCAUUCGCGACUAUGAAGCCAAGAAAAUCGAAUACGAAACCCUCGAUCGUACUUAUUGCGCCAACAAAGUGUGCUCUGCAUUUAUCGUCAAGGAAUAUAUCAUCGAACCUAAAGCUUUCUGUGCCAAGUCGCCAUGUAAUACGAUCACAUGCACAAAGUGCAAGAGCGAAUGGCAUGAUGGAGAAUGUCCUCGCGAUCAGAAUCAAGAGCUAGUUCUGGCUGAGGCUCAAAGACGAGGCUGGAAACGAUGUGCGAAAUGCGGUACCUUGAUCGCACGUGCCCAUGGGUGUCGCCGGAUGGUAUGUCAAUGCGGCCAUCGGUUCUGUUAUCGAUGCGCCGCGGCUUGGGAAACUUGUCGCUGCAAACGAAAUGCGAUUGAUAGAUCACUCAAAGCUACCAAUACGUAUGCGGGUAACGAAAGUUUCAUAGAGGUCAAUGAAGAUGGUGAUGAGGAUAGUGAUGAGGAUGGGGAUGAAGAUGGUGAUGAAGACGAUGGUACAUAA